GACUCUAUCCGGCUGGGCCUCCGUGGACGACUGCCACUGAUGAAGGAGCUCACCGCGUUGUUCGCCGAAGCGCAGAUCCAGCUAGCUGUGGUGGCGGAUGCAUCAAGCAGCGAAGCCAGCAGCGUCCAAGAGGCCGCUCGACGGCUGGGUGCCAGCACUGUUUGUGCGGACGCCCUUUCUGUCGAAGGAAUUUCGACACCUUCGCAUGAAGGCCAGCUGAGUCUUCCGGAGUCUUCCAUUUUUCUCUUUGCUCAAUGCUCGACGCUAGGGUCAAGUGCGCCCAGGGCUGCUGAGGUUGACGGAGCUGCGCUCAACGCUCGUGUGUCCAGGUCGACGGCAGCAUGGUCUUUCACUGGCGAUGACACGGUUGUUUCUCUUGGGCUUGAUGCUGGCUCCGCCGCAGCCGUGGUGGAUGCCGUGGAGGCGCCGCUGGCUUCGGGUGCUGCCGUCCUCUGCUCUGCAGCGGAGUCGGUUUGGGAUUUGUGGUCGACCAUUGAUGAGGCCAAAGCAGCCUCAGUCGUAUUUGUGAAUUCAAAGUGGUGCUGGAGCUUGGCGAGGAGCUACAACUCCUUAGCAGCUCCACUUAGGGAGAGCCUGCGGUCGCGCUUCCUUGAGAAGCCUUUCAGGCAUUUCGUUGCCAUUGCCCCUGCGGGCACCGUCCUCGCGGAGGAGUUGGCAGCUCUUUGGCACGAGAUUUUCAAUUGCUCGCUCACGUGGCAUUUCAGCUGCGCUGAGGUGGGGCGGUGGCUGCGGCAUUCGGUUCUCAGUUGGCCGAGGCCUGCGAUCUGCAGAAAAUCGCAAGAAGCACCAAGCCACAAGUUCUUUUCUGGGAAGGUGCAGCUGCCCCCUCGCGGUGCCCCGCUUCAGGAGUUGCCUCUCCUCCGCUCUUCAGAUGGCGUGCUCAACUGCACGCUGAGGCUGCGGCCGGCCCGCGUCGUAGGCCAAAACAUCAGCUUCGUGACCCGGAUCUACAACCACUUUAUCCCGGGCCCUACCAUCAUGAUCAAGCCUGGUGACAGGCUUUUGAUCAACCUGCAGAACGAUCUUCAGGCAGACUUCUUGCAAGAGAUGUUUGCUUGUCUUGACCCCUGUCAACUAUAG